GCUCUUGCAUAAUUAACCGGAUCAAAUUUGAUCCGGUUCAUUUCUUGCACGUUGUUGAUGAAAUAAGAAACGGAUUGUCUUGUAAAAUGAUGCAAAAUUAAUGAAAACACAAGAGCAAUCAGAAACGAAAAACAAAACAAAUCAUGCAGAGCUGUUACCGGAGCUGUUCCGGUAUGAACWUUUGCGCUGUUUCUGUCUCCGUGUUGUGCGGCUGCGGRUUUCUGGCUCCUUCUGCACUUAAGAAAAAUCUCCUCUUGGGUUAAUUGUAKGACUGAGCUAAUUACCGUGAAUCUGUAAACCCCUCCUGCUGGCAGCAGAUUGGUCAAAUCCGGGCGGGUCCCCAGUACCCUGACCCUGCCCGCUGCGGCGGGGCCAUGUAUAAGACGCAGGGGCCCCAGGCUGACAGCUGCUAUGAGAACAGGAAUCAAACAUUAUUUCUUCUUCUUCUUGUUCUUCUUCUUUCUUCUUCUUUUUCGCUGUUGCCUGAACACUUAACAUCGACUGAAAGCGGGCUAUUGGUUUCUGCUUCGGCGGAUCUGUCUCCUGCUCUGGGUUGGACUCACUCAUGGAGCUGUCGGAUAUUUCCUUCUCCAUUCCCUCUGCUGAUGACUUCUAUGAUGACCCCUGCUUUAACACCACUGACAUGCACUUCUUCGAGGACCUGGAUCCGCGGCUGGUGCAUGUGGUCCCGCUGAAACCCGAGUACUCCUGCUCCCCCUCCUCCUGCUCGUCUUCAUCAUCGCCCUCACCGUGCUCCCACCUGCAUCACCAGCUCCAGCACCCGGAGGCUGAGGACGACGAGCACGUCCGCGUCCCCAGCGGGCACCACCAGGCGGGCCGCUGCCUCUUGUGGGCCUGCAAGGCUUGCAAGCGGAAGACCACCAACGCGGACAGGCGGAAGGCGGCGACGCUGCGUGAACGCCGGCGGCUCAGCAAAGUGAACGACGCCUUCGAGACGUUGAAGCGCUGUACGACGGCCAACCCCAACCAGAGGCUUCCCAAGGUGGAGAUUCUGAGGAACGCCAUCAGCUACAUCGAGUCUCUGCAGGCGCUCCUGCGCGGCGGCCAGGAGGAGGGCUUCUACCCGGUGCUGGAGCAUUACAGCGGGGACUCGGACGCGUCCAGUCCCCGUUCCAACUGCUCCGAUGGGAUGAUGGAUUUUAACGGACCGAGCAGAACAAGAAGCUUUGACAGCAGCUCUUUCUUCUCUGAGACGCCAAACGGUGAGCGUGGUUCUCAGAGCCUUUCGAUCAAUCAAAUGAGUGUUAUGGAAUAUUAUAUUUAA